AUGACUUUCACGCGUGACCAAGAGGCGCCCACUUGACAAUGGGGCCGACUUUGUUAGAUUAAUCGCUUAUUCGAUUCAUAAAUUCCAUAGGGUUCCACACCUGUUGAUCAGAUUUUCCCCAAAUUCUCCAGAUUUAGGGUUCCUCUGGAUCCGUUCGUUCAGGGUUUUCAAUUAGCAUGGAAUGCGAUCGAUCCUUGGAUGUGACCGAGGCCGAUGAGGAGGUCCAUCGCCAUCGGCGCGACAAUAGCCUCCAGUUUCCUCAUCCGGCUUCGAAGAUUCACACCGGCGGCGGCUCUGUUCCUAGUACGACCAGAGUUCAUGAACUUCUCGAAUGCCCUGUUUGUACUAAUUCCAUGUACCCUCCAAUCCAUCAGUGCCAUAAUGGUCAUACUCUCUGUUCAAACUGUAAAGCCAGGGUACACAAUCAAUGCCCGACUUGUAGACAAGAACUCGGUGAUAUAAGGUGUCUUGCGUUGGAGAAAGUAGCCGAAUCACUUGAAUUUCCAUGCAAAUACAUGCCAUUAGGAUGCUCAGAGAUCUUCCCUUAUUACAGCAAACUCAAACACGAGGCUCUGUGUAACUUUAGGCCUUACAGUUGUCCGUACGCAGGAUCUGAGUGUUCUGCCUCAGGCGAUAUCCCUUUCCUUGUCUCUCACCUCAGAGAUGAACACAAAGUGGAUAUGCAUUCCGGGUGCUCUUUCAACCACCGUUAUGUUAAACCGAAUCCUCGUGAAGUGGAGAAUGCUACUUGGAUGCUAACUGUAUUUAACUGCUUCGACCACUACUUCUGCCUGCAUUUCGAGGCCUUCCAGCUCGGGAUGGCGCCAGUGUAUAUGGCGUUCCUCCGGUUCAUGGGGGACGAGACAGAGGCCAAAAGCUACAGUUACAGCCUAGAGGUAGGAGGGUAUGGGCGGAAAUUGACGUGGGAAGGGACGCCGAGAAGUAUAAGAGACAGCCACAAGAAAGUGAGAGAUAGCCAUGACGGCCUCAUCAUUUACAGAAACAUGGCUCUCUUCUUCUCCGGUGCUGACAGGAAAGAGCUGAAGCUACGCGUCACUGGUCGGAUCUGGAAAGAACAUCAGAACCCUGAAUCUGGAAAUUGCAUUUCCCUUAACCUUUCUGCUUCGUGAUUUUGUGGGUUCGUGUGAUAAUUUUUACAGCACAUGUGAUGUGACUCUCUUUUUUUUUCCCUCCUUUUUAUCUGGAAAAUGUAAAUAUCGAAUAAUUCGGCUGUUUUCUAACAUUUCAGGAAUAAGAAAAAACAUAAUUUAUUUA